AUGGGGCAGAGCUGCUGUCGAGCAGCAGCACCAUGCGAGGAGGUGCCCAACCAGGUGCUUCACGAGACAACGGAGGCUUGCGACAGUGAAGCUGAGAGCCUGCUGCGAGAACUGUUUCGGCUGCACGACCUCAACAGCAAUGGGCUUCUAGAGAUCGAGGAGCUUGUGCAGUUGAAUUCUAAGGUGGCUCUGCUCCAUCGUGGAAGAGACGUCAACCUGCUGGCCGUGAAAGCCAGGUACCGUAAGCUCUUCAAGGAGCGCCUUGAUCCGGAGGGUCAUCCUGUCAAGUUCGAGACGUUCAGGAAGUAUGUGAUCCAGGUGCUGGACGGCAUCGAUCGCGAUCCCAUAGCCCAGGAGAUGAUGCUGGAGCAGUUUGUAGCAGAGGCCAAGUCAGCUCGUGCCGUCUUCCACGCGCCUUCCUUCGCCAGCCACGCAGACAAGGCGUUUCUGCCUCACCUGUCCUUUCACGUAAACUCCUUUCCGAGGACCCCCGAUAAAACGGGCCAUGAAGCAUCACGCAAGCUUCCCAUCCAGGUGGCAGCUGCAUGUGGCGGUGCGUGA